GGCUGGGUUUGAGCUCGUCGUGAGAGAGGAGCUGUUGAAGAAGCAUUGGCAGGUGCUGAGAGAGGGUAAGAUGGUGAUUGAUGGCAUGCAAGUCCCGAAGCUGAAGUUGGAGAAGAAGAGGAAGACGUCCCGGGAAGUUGCUCAGCUGUCGCAAUGAUCUGACGGUGUUGAUGGUGGUGCUGCUGCUGUUCCAUGUGCUUAUACGCAUUAAAAAAAAGCUGUUUAGCAAAAUUGCACUUCGAUAUAUCCAGGCCAGGACUUGGAGUUUUGACAUUGCUCAUUCUCCAGGUCUUGUUUGGCCCUUUUUUCUUUUCUAAUUCUCUUUGCAUAUUUUUGGAGGGCUUGGCAUCUUGCAUAGGGCAGGCAUGGGAGAGAGAAUGACGAUGCAGCCAAUGUGGUCGUCUUCUCUGAGUUGUUUGUGCUUCAAAUAUGUCUUUAUUCUUCUGUUGGCUGGGCGGACUGGGACGGGAGUGGGAUUUGGGAUCAUUUUCUUAUUGGAGCAGCUGAGCUUGUUUUAUUGUCAUGUACAGAGAUACCCAUACGGCUAUAUAUAUUGCAAUGCCAUCUCUGCAAUUUCUUCUCAUCUGCGACGCUCAAUGACGUUUCGAUUUGUC